GAUGAGUGAAGAAACUCGAGAAGUGGUUCAUUUAAGCUUUGAUGGCGCCCUCUACUAUCAUCUCGUCAAAUUAGGGUUUUGAAGUGAAAAAAAAGGGUUAUUUCUUCAAUCUCCAACUGCACAUCCUAAUUCAUUUCUAAUGCUCUCCCGCCAUGAAAAUUUCUGAGAAAUCCUUAAAGCUUUGAUUUUUAAGGUUAUAAUCGUAGGUUUAAAACCCUCCGACAAUGGCAUUCUCGUUCACUCCUCAGCCACAGCAGCCACAACAAUCCCUAUUUCAGUCUCCAUUUCAGCAAUCUCCGUUUACCCAACAACAACAGCAGCAGCAGCAGCAAUCCCCUUUUCAGUUACAGCCUCAACAGCAGCCACCGCCGCAGGCGCAGACUCAGCCGCAGCUUUAUCUUUUUACGAAGGAUAAAGUUCCCGCAACGUAUAGUACCAAAUGGGCGGAGCUUCACCCCGAUUCGCAGAAAGUGCUCCUUCAAAUUGAGGAGAGGAUAUUGGAGUACAGAGAUGAGAGCCAACGAUUGGACCAGUGCAGCAGGCUUUAUGACUCGUCGAUUUCUAAUAAUGGUUUUGAGCUUGACGCCAGCUACAUUGUUAAGGAACUUGGUGGAGUUAGCAUAGCCAUGGAAAGACAAAAGGCGACUCUGCAAGAGCUCAUGACUGCUGUGAAAGAUAUGCUGAGAAACACAGAAGUUGCCAUUCGAUCUUUUAUGAUGCUACGCCCCAGGUUUCUACAUCAAAGUAAAGGUGCUUUGGUAGGCCCCACUGCCCCAUCCCAACCUCAAGGAGUAACUACCACACAGACAUCAGGUGGUCAAGCUGCCGCAAAUGCUAUGGUGCCAGUCUACGAUUUUUACAGUGGGCUUCCCAAGAAACCUUCACCCUUUUUGCAACAAACUGUUGCCAGAUUCGAGAAGUAUUUGACUGAGUGCCAUCAGUGGAUUGAAGAAUUGGAGCAGUUGCUCCUCUUAGACUCUGAAAGAAACUCUUCAAAUACAAGCUCCUCACUAUUUCAAUCCUUGCCUAAAGUCUUGACAAAUGUGCAUGACUUCUUUGUGCAUGUGGCAGCAAAGGUGGAAAGUAUCCACCAAUACAUCGAAUCUAUGCGGACGGCCUACCUCGCUGACCAACGCCGCCGGGGGGAUGAAAAUGACCCGUUUCUCGAGGCUGAUCGCCGUGAGACGGCCAAACUGGAGGCCGCGGCCCGGAGGGCUCAUCCAACUCAGCAUUUGCCUUCGGCUUCUCAACAGCCACCCAAUCAGAGUAAUGGACCCUUAGCCAUCACGGGCCCACCUGGACAAUCAACGGCAUCAAAUACUUUGGCUGCUGCCCAAUCGGCUCCAAGUGCGAGUGGGCCGUCACUCUUUUCAACACCUGCUGUGGCCCAAUCAACUCCAAGUGCGAGUGGGCCAUCGCUGUUUUCAACACCUGCUUUGGCCCAAUCGGCUCCUCUGUUCUCCACGCCGACAUCAGCAUCUGCUCCUUUCUCAUCUUUGCUGGGGACUCCCCAGUCGUCGCCUUUUAGCUCCCUCUCUGCUGCUUCGGCUCCUGGGUUUGGCGGGUCCACUCCCUUGUUUGGUUCGACACCUGCUUCUGGAGUGCUGCAAUUGGAUCAGGAGCAAGCUUUGGGACUCAAUCAAAAGCAAGAGCGAAAAGCCGCACUGGGCGCAUCUGAAAUGAAAUUUCACCCACAAGCCAUGUUCACUAGGCUUUUGACUCUUUGUCCUUAUGGAUUGAGACUUCCGAUUACUGAUCUCCAGGACGAAGAUAAUAUACUGAAGAGGCCUUAUCAGGAGUGGAUGAUUGGGAACAACCCACCUGAUGAGGUGAAUAUUAUUUUUGGGUCGGAUCAUAUGGUUAUUUUCUCCAAGACACAAGAAUUGUGUGCUGCUAGGCUUAGCCCACAAGAGGAGCUUGGCCUCAGCAACGUUUGUGCUAGUGCCACGUCC